GAAAUUGUUCCCUAUAUCGAAUUGUAAAUGGAAAAUAAGUGUUACCUGGAGUGUUUCUGCGUUACCAAAUUUAUCGGGGAUGGUGGCGACGGGAAUGCGUACAAAACAACAAAAUCAAAUUGCUUCACAGACGAGGUUUGUUUAAAAUCUGUUUCACUAUAAAGCUACAUAAGUUUCGAUUUUAGCAUGGAGGAGGAUAAAGCAGUUGCUUAUUAUGAUGAAUUAGCACGUAAAGGUGGGGGUGCAGCCAGAUUUAAACAAGGUCUUGGGUUUUCAAGCCAUUCUUCUCAAGAACCCCCUAGUAAAGGCAACACUCCAUCUGCUUUGAGUAAUUUUGUAAAGGCAGCAAGCCCUAGCAGGGCAGAAGCAAUAGGUAAAGAAAUCCAGAUUGAAAAUAUUAGAGAAAAGCUCAAGAGAAGAGGUGAAAAUGUCCUGGAACAACACAAGGGAAGGGAUGGUGCCAAGAGUCAGCAUUCAAGGCAAGAAGGCAGAUCAUUUGAAAGUAGAGAAAGAGAUAGAUCAAGGAGUUUGUCACCAAAAAGGAUAAAUGAAAAAUCACAUGAAAGAGAUGGAAAACAUUCAAGACACAGAGACUAUCGUUCAAGGAGCCCAUAUGACAAGCAUAGAAGACACAGGUCAAGGUCUGGAGGGAGGUCUUCUAAACACAGCAGUAAAAGAAGUUGUCGAAGAAGCUAUUCGCGCAGCAACAGAAACAGAAGCACCUCCUCUGAUAGAAGUAGGAAUCAUCACCGUCAUAGAAGAGCUAGUCAUCAAUCAUCUAGUACGAGUAGUAGCAGUCAGUCACACAAUAACAAUUACCGGAGAAAAAAGAGAAGAGAACGAAGUAUCUCCUUCAGUUGUUCUGAGGAUGAGGGUCGAAGUCCACCAUACUAUUCACGAAAGAGGGGCAGAGGCAGGAGUAGGUCACCUGCUUCUCGAAGGGACUACUCUAAGGAGAGAACACGGAAAUUAGAUAAAAGCUUAUCUCCUAGGCAACAAAGAACAACAGAGGAAUGUCUUCCUCAUAGAAACAGAAAGAUAGAAGAGGCUAAGCUUACAGGCAGGCAGAAUGGGAAGGAAACAUCAUUGAAGAGUAAUGCUAGUAGUCUUAAAGAAAAAGCUCAGAUUGUUGAUUAUUCGAAGCUAAUUGAUGGUUUUGAUGCCAUGACUCCAGCAGAAAAGGUUAAAGCAAAAAUGAGGCUGCAGCUAUCAGAAACUGCUGGAAAGGAUACAAAAAAAGGCAUGAGUGAAGACUGGGAACGAUUUGACUUCAACAAGGAGGCACCUCUUGAUGAUGAUGCCAAGCUUGAUUAUUUUGGAGAUGAUACAGGAGCCAAGGAUGAUACUGAAUUUCUACGGAACACUGGAACAACUUUUCUUUCUUCUGCAGGGCAGGCCAAAAGAGAGUCAGAAGUUCAAGCUGCACAUGAAGCAGCAAUAUUUGGUACUCAUAUCCAUUCUUCAGCUGACAUUUCCAAUCUUUAUCCUACUGUUGAGAAUACUUUGCAAGAAGAUCAAAAUCAAGUCAAGAUAACAUGCAUUAUAGAGAGUGAUAUUGUGGAGGAUAAAGGUUCCAAAGGUAAUGUCCUUGGAAACAGUCUCAUAAGUGAGCAGGUGUACUCAAUGCAGCAGGGAUCAUGGAGGGAACGUGCACGCAAGCUGAGGGAGCAAAAAGAAAAUAAUACAAAGAUUUAAAAGAAAGAUGUUUUAAUAAACAAAGGUUUCGACUUUCGACCACUUGGUUUGGAGUGAUUGGCAUGGCUGUUUCAUUCGCUGAAACUCUGCUAAUGCUGGUCCCAGUCUAUUCUUCCUUAGUCUGUGAGCUUCCACUACGCAAUUAUUUUGCUUGCUUAUGCAGGUUUUGAUAUUUGAAUGUUUGACCAUUGACUGAUAGAUUUGGAUAGCAUAUUACAAGGGACAAGCUUUACAAAGCACCGGGCGUGUAAUUAUAGUUCAAAUCCAUAAUAUUGUGUGGAUUACAAUUAAUGUUUGAAAGCAUGCUUAAAAUAUGCAAUGCUUGAUUUUUAGAGAUCUGAAGCCUGAUCUUUUAAUGUUUCUAACAAUGGCCUUUGAGGUUGUCAUUAAAAAGUUGUUUAAAGCCUGUAGCGUCUGGCUUAUAAAGAUCUCAAGCUGAUCUUUCACUGUAAACUACAACAGUAUACAGGGUGGCUAUCACUAAAAGAAAUUUUAGGUUCCCAAUUUGAUUU